AUGUCAUUUCCAAGCAAUAGCGACACUCAUCAUCAUGAAGAUGUAGGAGGUACUUCAUCCAAUCAAUUUUAUGAAGCUUCAUCCAUCAUGGUGCCUCAUUCAUCAUCAUCAUCUUCCAAUAUGGGUGGAGCAACAAGGCCUCCUAAGAAAUCGGCUCCGAAGCAACCACAUCACGGUCGAUCAUCAUCGAAAGGAGGCACUACAGGUGGUAAUGAAGAUGCAACCAGCAAUAAUAACACCAAUAAGAAUGAAAAAUCGAAAGGACCAGGCAAUGGUCAAAGCCAAACAUCAAAACCCCAUCAUAAGCCUCCUCCAUCAAGAAAGCAAGUUGCCCAGGUGAAAUUUGUAAAGAUACAAUCUUCAUCUGCGCACAUAGGUACAGAAUCAUCCGAAACUCAUCCAACAACAGUUCCUGAUGAGGUGGCUCGCACAUCGGUAGUAGCAACAUCAUCGACGAUCACUGCUAGUUCUACUGCGCAGGAUGCUCCAACGAGCAGUCAUCAUCAUCAUGAACCUUCCAUAGAAAGUUAUAUUCCCAUGUACGUUCGUAAAAUCCGUGAAAUUUUGGAGACCGUGUAUGGUGGUAGCAUUGAUGUGAAAGCAAUUACGAAAACAAUUUGGGAUGAUAUUAUUCAGCCAACAAUCAUUUCGGAAUUGAAUCCAAGCUUACAUGUGAUGUUAAGCGUGCAAAAUAUGAAUAAUAUUGCGAGCUAUUUAAAAUCUGACGAUCCUAGAUUGGUCCAAGUGGUAAUGAGCAUUGACCAAUUAUUGACUGAUGUCCAUCAUGCAGACUAUGUUGAGGAUUAUAUUCCGACUGUUUAUUUGGACAAGCACAAAAUUGUGCGUGUGAAAAACCAACCAGUGUUGUUACUUCCUACCUUGGAGACAACCUUAUUCGAUUUAAUAGAGCAUGAAAUUAGAAAGGCUUGGAGAAAGGCUAACGAAUAUACCAACUCUCAAUUACUGAAUGUUACAUCUCAAUUGGAAACUAUUCAAAAACUAUAUUAUGAACAAGCACCAAAACAGAUUGACGAACUGUUAAUAGAAUUGAACAACAUUAAGCACAUGGACGAAGAAUGUAUCCAAAAACGCACCAAAAUUCACGAAGAACUCGACAACAUGUCUAGCAAGAUUAAGAGUCUUACUGAAGCAAUUAUUUCUUUGAGAACUCAACAAAUGGCCCAAAUCGAACCUUCUGUAGAAGAGUCGAAAGAGACUCCUGUCACUGAAGAACAAGUUCCUGAAGAAUAUCUCAGUGCUGAAGAACUGCAAGAACUUGACCAAAAGCGAAAACAAUUAAUUGCAACUGUUGAUGCAUUUUUGGCCUUAAUUGAAUCUGAUCGAGAAGAAGAAACCAACAAGCUUCAGCUUUUUUCUGAUGCAGUUCAUUUAUUGCAUGCUUCUCUGUACAAUACACAGAAAAACCUUGGCUUGGCACAGGUCGUGCCACUGCCAGCCCGAACAAUUCCUGUAUCCAUAAUUACCAAGUUGAUUAAUUUUCUCAAGGACAACACUGAAAAGAUUCCGCACAGUGUAGUUUCUUGUCUUCUUCAAGUCUCAGCUCUUUCGCUGAAAGGUAGAAAAGUCAACGAAAAGAAAGAAAUAUUCGCUGUGUACCAUUCUGCCUUGAUGCAUUUCACCCAAUACCUUACAAUUAGAAAAAUGGAAUUAUUUUUGAAAAUAAUGUAUCAAGUUGUACAGUCCUUGCAUCAUACUGACCCAGAAUUUGUAAACUUAAUGUUGCAUGAGUUACCAAAGACAGGCUCCAAAACCCAUGCCAAUUUUUCAGACAGAACAAAACUAGUUCAACUUUGGCAAGUACAAGCAUUCUGUGCCACUCUUGUCAUGCCAAAUCCCAUUCUAUCUCACCAGAUAUUUUCAUUUUACACUAGACAUGUUUUAACUUGGAUAAAUCUUUGGGAAGAUAUAAGAAACCUUUGCCUCAGAGAAACAUCUCUAACUCAAAUCAAGAAAGGAUCAUUCAAAACAUCCACGACACCAACAACCAGUCCAACAACACUUGCAGUUCCUGAGGCAAAUGAUGGCUACGCGUCAUCCUCUGAGAAGGAAUCUGAAGUAGAGACAGGCACAGAACGCUUGGAAGAAGUGACAAAAGAAAUUCAGUCUCAACUUGAAGUGGAUCAAACUGUGCAUGCUGACAUUGAAAAUAUUGAGAAGGAAUUACUCAAAUCGCCAGAAAAAUUGAAAAAAGAGGCAGAAUUGAUGAACAUGAUGCAACUCACAAAUGAUUGUGUUCAUUUAUAUGAAACUGAACUGAAACCAUCUGAAGAGGAAAAACUUGCCAAGAAAGAACUUGUUGAGGAAGUUUCAAAAAUCAUCUCAACCCUCUUUUCCCAAAAUCAAAAUACAGCAGAACUCAAUGAACCAAAGAUUUACACGUAUGGGUCGUACGCAAGCGAUUUGAGUUUGAAAGGUGCCAGUGACAUUGAUAUGUGCGUUUCUUUUGAAGGACUUGAAAACAUUCAGGAAAAUAACAAACUCCAAGGAAGAAUACUUGAAAUGAUUAGAAAAGAAAUGGACGGGAAAAGUAAGAACGAUAGUACUCUUUUCCCUCACUUAAAAUCUCAAAAUCAAGAAGUUGUGAGGAGCAGUAGAGUUCCAAUAUUGAAAAUUCACGAUAGUAAGAGAAACCUUGAUUGUGAUUUAUGUGUUGCUACCUAUAUGGGAGUUGUAAAUACUAGGAUGAUUUCCACAUAUUUAAUGGUAGAUCCAAAGAUGUUAACUCAUUAUGGUGCUACUAAUGAUACUUACAUGCUGGAUCGGGUGAAAAUGUUGAUCUACAUUAUUAAGCGAUGGGCCAAGAGGCGCCAUAUUAAUGACCCUCCAGCUGGAUCUCUUUCUUCAUACAGUUAUGUACUCCUGACCUUGCAAUUCUUACAAACAAUUGAGGUGUUGCCAUCUCUUCAACAGCUGGCUGAAGAUGAUAACGUCAGCAUUGAAGAUAUUUCCAAACCUCAUACUAUUAAUGCAUAUAACACAAAAUAUUUCAAAAAUUUAGAGAAACUUCCUUCGUUAUGGAAGGCUAUGGACGUUGAAAAGGUUUCCAAGUACACACUUGGACAUUUAGUGUACAUGUUCUUUGAAUUCUAUGCAAAGAAGUUUAAUUUUGACACCCAUUCAGUGUCCUUAAGAAAUGGAUCACCUAUUCCAAAGAAGAAGGUUUCUCCUAAUUCUCAGAUCAUCAUAUCCAUUGAGGAUCCAUUUGAAAUUCGUGACUUGGGAAGCGUUGUUUCAAACGAAAUGGGACCUGUGAUUGUGUCUGAGUUUAGACGAACUUUUGAAAUUCUUUCUAGCGGAGGUUCUAUUCAUGAUGUUUUAGAAGAACGAGAAGGUAUCUCAUCUGUCAAUAUUUAUCAAAUGAAGAGAGAUUUCGGAAAAGGCUAUGACGAACAUUUGCAACUUGAACAAGUUGCUGAGAUGAUUAACAAAGGAGAACUAUUUCAAGGCGAAUUAAGAGUGAACAAGAAGAGAAUGACAGAAGCCUACGUGACAGUGGAAGGAGGGCCAUUCAAGAAAGACAUCUUCAUCGAUGGUCUCAAGAAUAGAAAUCGAGCAAUGCAUGGUGACAUUGUCGCUGUAAAGGUUGAAAAGACAAAGAUAGUUGCUGGAUCAGUGAUGGAAACUGUAGAAAACAAAGAAAGUACCAAUGAAGAUAAGGUAGAACCCAUCUCAUCAACUGCAGCCGUAGAAGUAACAGAAGAAAAUGUGAUAUUCACAGGAGUUGUAGUUGCUGUCUUGAAAAAGAAGUCUCCCUCGAUUUUCCCUUGUACAUUAAUGGCUCAAGAUGAAAUUAGAGGUUAUAGAUGGCUCAUUCCACUCGAAAAAUCCUAUCCAAAGCUAAUGGUUAAAUUUGAAGAGUUUAAAAAGAAGUUUAAUGCUAAAUCUCAUGUCAUUGAGGAAGGAAUAUUUGUGGUAGAAAUGAAACCUUGGGAUAAGGGCUCAAACUAUCCAAAGGGAUCCUUGAUUGGAUGUUUAGGAUUCAAAAAGGAUUUGUGGAGUUUGAAGCGCGCCUUGUUGCUUCAAUAUUGCCCAAUUAUGUUCGAUAAUGUUUAUUCAGAGCGAAAAGUAGAUAGAGAGGCUGAAAAAGAGAUUGUUUCUACAGGUUCCAGUGCUAUAUUAUCUCAAUCUGUUAAGAUGGCUGACUCUGUUGCAGGAAGUUUGGUAUCUCAAUCAGUGCUCGAGGAAAAUUCAGAAACACUCAAAAAUAGACAAGAUAUGAAUAACUCAAUUUCCAAUAUUGGAGAUACUAUCAGUGAUAUCAACUUUGACAGAGGAAGCUCAUCUGACAAUUUAAUUCAAGUUCAAGACUGGAGACAAUCGAGACGCAUUUUCACCAUUGACCCAACGCAUUCAAAAGAUUUAGACGAUGCUAUCGCUAUUGAACCUAUUUAUGAACAAAACAUUCCAAAAAUCACAGAUUUGAACAGAAAGUCAUAUGAGAAUGUUCAAAAGUUUUUGGUUACUGUGGCUAUUGCUGAUGUUUCUCAAUUUGUUCCUCUGAACUCACCAAUAGAUAAGGAAGCAAGAAAACGUGGUACAAGUGUUUACAUGAUCAAUAGUGUGGAACAUAUGCUUGAUCCGUCUCUAUCUCAAAACCUUUGUUCGUUGCAUGGAGGUGUUAACCGAUUUGCAAUUGCUGUUGAGUUUAUCAUUGAUAGAGAGACAUGUGAAAUUGAUAAGGAAUCGAUCAAGUUUAACAGAUGUAUGAUGCGAUCUUGUUGCAGACUCGAUUACAAUAGAGCUCAAAAGAUGAUUCUUCAUUACAAUAAGAACAAGUUCAAUGGCUUUGUUGGAUCUGAUCCAAAAGUCAAAUUUGGACUCGAAGUAGAUGAGGUACCAGCAACCUAUGGCACUUUCACGUUGGAUGAAAUUUACGAAGAUAUUCAAAUAUUCAAUGAGCUGAGCCAAAAAUUAAGACAACAAAGAGCUGAAAAAGGAAGUGUCUUUCUUAAGAACGAGCAAUUGAAUUUUGAAUGCGAUAUGAACGGAAAGGGGUUUCCUCUCAAGGUACUAUGUGAUGAACACAAUGAGUCUCACAUUCUUAUCGAAGAGAUGAUGUUAGUUGCAAAUGAACUGGCCGCUAUUGCAUUGUAUGAACAUUUUGGUGAUGCUACUCUCUUGAGAGUGCACUCUUCUCCAAAAAUUGACAAAUGGGCUGUAACUGUAGCUAUGCUUGCUGACCGUAUUUGCAGAUGGAAAAUUGAGAAUGUUGUUAAACAAGGAAUUGAAACUGAAGCCGAAAAUGAAAAAGCUAUUGUUCUUGACUUGCUAGAGAAGUGCAUCAGACAACGUACAAAAGGUUUAGAAGAAAACGAAAAGCCUGUGACCAUUCAAUAUGUGAUUAAUUUACUCAUCGAAAAUGCUAAAGAACAUGAGACGCUCAUGCACACCAUUCAACACAUGUUGUUGAGAGAAAUGCAAUUAGCUCAAUAUGCUACUGUUGGAGAUUGCAAGAAGAGCAAAUCAAGUGAUGAUGAAGAACAAGAUCUUUCACAUUCAGACUUCACUAAAAGAUUAAUACCAAAGAAGAAAUUUGAGAAUACUUGGCAUUUUGCGCUUUGUAAAGAAUUUUAUACCCACUUCACAAGCCCCAUUCGUCGUUAUGCUGACUUGAUUGUGCACAGAUGUCUUCUUCAAAUGAUCAAAGAAAAUAGACUCAAAGAACUAGGAGUGUCCAAAGAAGAAAUCUUGGCAAGUAGAGAGGCUUCUCUCUCUGCUCAUGAAUUGUCAUCUAUUGCUGAGCAUUUGAAUGACCAAGCAUACAGAGCAAGACUACUCCAGGACGAGUGUGAAAAGCAAUAUCUGGCUUAUUAUCUUUUACCCAUUCUCUCAGCCUCAGUAGAAAGAGUGGAAGCAGUUGUUCUUUCUUUGGGUAAAAGAAGUUUCACCAUCUACGUUCCAAAGUAUGGACUAGAGUUGCAAGUUAAUGCCAUGAAACACUUUUCUCCAACACCAACAACGAUCAACCUUGAAGAGAAAGAAAUAGAAAGCAUCGUACCUCGUAAAGUAUUGAGUAUUGCCUCAGAAAAUGCAGAUGAAGAGGGCCAUCUUGGAGGAUCCUUUAUCGAAAAAUUAACCAUCACUUGGUCGGUGUCUUCAACGAAUCCAACUGCAUCUGUGGUGGAUCUCGAUGAAGAUCAAACGAAACAAACCAUAACCACAACGACAAGUUUAGAACAACCAUCUUCCGACAAGGUUAGCACUGCAUGGUCCCCUUACAAAAGAACCAUUGAGCUUGUUCCUUUGAAAAAGAUAUUAGUGGAUUUGGAUGUGAAUUUAGGCCAAGUGCCUAUUGAAAUUAUGUGUUACAACAUUUGGGAAUUUGGACAAGAAUUGAAAAAUCCUACCUUCUCACCAAAAUUGAUUCAAAAACAUAGCAAAACUGCUGCUUCACAAAAUGCAUUCAAGGAAAAUACGAAAUUGAACGAGAAAACAUCAGCCGUGUUACAAUCUGUCAGUGCUCAAGUGAAACAAAUGGAGAAUAUUAUUGAAACCAUGCAAAAGAAGAGCAGAAAGAAGAGUGUUCCAUCUUCUUCUCCAGCAACAUCCUCUUCAUCGACUGCCUCUCAGCAACAACCCCAACAACCACAUGUUCCCCCAACUACAAGACCACACUUCCCUCCUGGAUCAAGAGGUAGAGGAAAAGGAAGAGAAGGUACGGUUCUUGGGGAAAGUGGAUCAUCCACUCAUCAUCACAACCCUCAUCACACUCACCAAGGCCACCUUCAUAACGCUCAUCAUCAUUCGGAAAGAGGUGGAUUUAGCUCUCGUGGCAGAGGUGUUAGAGUGAAGCGCCUUCCUCACAACGAAGAAUAG